AUGAUUGGUGGCAUAGGGGCGUUUGAGCCUGAAUGGGUUAAGGUGUCGAAGCUAUUCUUUGAUACCAUUGACAAGCACGAUAAGCCUUAUGCGGGCUUUGCGUUUGGCGGGCCUCCUUACGGGAGUCCAGAGGUCCUGAAGAAGGCUGCGGAGCGGAUGAGUCUAAUCAUGGUCUCGGCCGACGUGGUUCACUUGGGUGCCAUGGCACAGGACCUGCAACAGGCGAGGGAACUGAUUGGAACGACGAGAUAG